CAUGGAAAGCCCAAUGGAAGUCGAUGCUCCCAGAGAAUCAGCUUCGCUGACGUCUCUCGACUCAGCAAAUGAUGUGGAAAGAGUCUUCCUGCGGCUCGUCAACGCCAACUCGGACGCCAAGCUACAAACUAUCACAGAUCGGCACUUGUGCGAUGUGUUGGAGUUUGCCGGGAGAAAGCAGGAGCACAUUCAGCUGGUCACCGAAUUUCUCACACACUUCAACAAAGUCGUCAAGAGCAAUUUGGCGAUCCGUCUCCCAGUGCCACGUCUGCUCGAACUUUUCCAAGGCCCGAGUGCCAUUUCAUCGAAUUUCAGUCUGAUCUAUCUCAAAAUGGCAAAAGACCGGAUCCAGGCCGCCGAGCAGCUAGAGUUUCUGCCUGUAUACUUGACAUCGUUCAGCAAGAAGCCCAAUGAUCUCAAUUACAUUUACGACAUUCUCUCGUUGUGCCUGCCGGGACUCCACGAGCUCGCGAGAAUCGAGAAAAAACACUGGCCGACGAUCGAGAUGAGCUCUGUCGACGUGGAAAUCAUUGCCAGAUGCUUUCAGGCGAUUCUCGUGUUCUCUGCACGAAGCAUUGAGGACAUCAAAGUGCUCGUCGAGAAGCUUCCCACAGCAUCGUCGGCUCCUGAGCUCCCAGCGCUGAGCAUCAACGAAUUUGUUCAAAUUGGGCGGAAAGUCUUCCCGCUGGGGCUGAAUUUGACGGAGACGAAGGUGAUGAUUCUGAAGGUGUUGGGAAAGGAGUUGCUCACCGAUGACAUUGCUUUUCCGCUGAUGGUCGUGGCUUCCGCUUCGAAAUUGAACGAGGUAGAUGAUCUCGCAGAAAGUCUGAUCAAGAAGAUUCCAACCGAAGGACUUAUUGAGAGCCGACCAGUCAUCGACAAGCUCAUGCACGCCUUUCUUGGCUCAAAUGCCGAUACUACGCCGCCGAAAGAUCCCAAAGCAAAGAUCUCUGCGGGAAAUCAAUUUGUCCAGGCGGCCGUUCUACCGUUUCUGUCGAAAUCUCGACUGGCACCAACUGUCUACAUGAAUAACUUGAAGAUCUGUAUGAAUGGCUCCGCGAGCAAAAGUUCUCGAGUUCAGGCGCUCACGAUGAAUUUCUACGUGCUCGUCGCCGAGAAAAUGCGACCACAAGCUCUACAGACAUUGGCUCCGGGAUUGUUCAAACGGCUUCGGGACUUGAUUCGCAGCAAUAAUAUGAACACAUUGACAAUUUGUGGAGUCUACCGCUGCCUGGCAAUCUUCGGGAGUCGUCAUCCGAUACUUGUGCUCAACGAUAGUGAUGUCGUUGCCAAGAUGUUUGAGGAUCUUUCCACUGAGUACCAGGAAGACAUCGCCGGAGCAAUUGUAUCAUGUCUGACGACCUGGCUCCCACUGUUCCUCGAAUCUACAGAAGAGGAGCUGAGAGCAAAACUCCGUGAGGUGAUCAGUGAACACAUUCGCUCGGAUUUCCCGAAUUGUCGACUCGCCGCGUUGAAAUACGCAGAAGCUCUGAUUGGAGAGCAAGAUAUGGAUCUACGGUGGCAGUUGAUUCAGGCUUCGGGUGAUGAUAGAGAUGCAAUUCGAACCGAAGCUCUUCGUCAAUUGGAGAAAUCUCUUCAAAAGCCGGCUCCACCAACUUCAGUGAUUAUUGGCUCACUUUGGAGCAGUCUUCAGAAGGAUUAUCGGAGGAAUAGCAGCAGUGAGACGGAUGGAGCAGCCCGUGUUGAUCCAAGUUAUAAUAAUUUGGUUCAUCAAAAUGCCUCGCGUUAUCUCUACGCAGUGUUUGAGAGCAUUGUGAUGGAUCAUCCGGCGCAACUUCGAAUUGUUGAAGGUGACGAUCACUGGAUGACUGUGGUGCCAAGAGUUGUGAAGAAGCUUCACGGGGAUACAAGUAUCGAUAUGAUCGAAAAAGCGGUGGAAAUGACACUUCACGCGGUCACUGAUUCUACAGAUGUCCACCUUGUCCGAAUCGCCGCAUGCUUCCUCACCGCCUACCGUUCAUUCCCACAAGCUUCUUCUCAAGAGCCAUCGGAUCGCUUCCAAUUCGCCAUUCAACCAUGCGUCCAGAAGCUUCGAGACUCGACAAGAAUGGAGUUUUCAACGUCACUCGCCUACUUGCUCACAGCUCUCCUGCACAAUGAUGAAGCCACCAGAAGAGAGCUCUUCAAUGUUUCGAAGACCGCGCUCGUGGAGAAGGAGAUUCCCGGAUUGGCAUUCACGUGUGCUUCUAUGCUUGUUCCGGUGCUCGGUGGAGUUGGCUCAGGAGUCUCAACGGCAGAAUUCAUCGAAGAGAUUCUGCUUCCAUUCGUCAAAAAUGGUUACAGUCGUCCAACGUCUACACUUGAAGCGACUUUGGGUGCAUUGGUCUUCAUUUUCCAGUACAAUUCAACUGCUCUGGACAAGAAUGACGUCAUCGAAAACCUCAUUGCUCAAUGUGAAAAGAUUGGAGUGUCUCGGCAAGAUUCGUUCACUCAGAAGACUCGAGAAUAUUCGGCAAAAGUUAUUGGACUGCUCAGUGGAAGCCUGCAAGACCCGGAGGCCCACAAGCCAUCAUACGAGAGCCUGAUUCGAUUCGGAGAAGGACCACCACAACAAGAGCUGCAGAUGAUUGUGGGAGAAGCAUUGGUAGAUUCAAUGCUCGGGUCGUUGGCAGUGAGCAAGAGGAACUGCUACUUGGUCGAGGGAGAUGAGAUGCGACUAGAAGAACGGCUGAGAGAUCGGAUUGGAGUUGUCAAUGGAAGACUGUUGAAGUUCAUCAAGGAGACGUUGGAGCAUAAGAAAACCAACGCAAAUCAACACUUCCGGAAGGCUGAACUUGUCUGGCUGCUCAUCGUCAUUCAAAGUCUCGCCAAACUCAAGGCAAAAGUGCUCAAUAACUCGGAGAUCCUCGGUGCCGUUCAACAAGCCUUCGCAGACGGUCUGACUGAAAAUGACGAGUUCUCCCAAGACGUCUCGGCAAAAGGAAUGGGAAUUGUGUAUGGAUUGGCCGAUGGACCACUGAAGAAGGGACUUGUCGAGUCGUUGAUGGGCACGUUGGCAGAAGGAAAGAGGUCGGAGACAAAGAUCGAUGGAGACACAAAGCUGUUUGAGAAGGGUCAACUUGGAUCGACUCCGACUGGAGGAAAACUGACAACGUACCAGGAGCUGCUCACCCUCGCCUCGGAUCUCAAUCAGCCGGAUCUCGUCUACAAGUUCAUGCAGCUGGCCCGCCACAAUGCCACGUGGAAUUCGAAAAUGGGAGCCGCCCACGGAUUUGGAGCUCUCUUGGAGAACGCGAAGGAGGAAAUUGAGCCAUACUUCAAGCAGCUCGUGCCAAAGCUGUUCAGAUUCCGAUACGAUCCAGAUGUGAAGGUUCAGGGAGCGAUGAAGUCGAUUUGGGGGAUACUGACUGCUGAUCGGAAGAAUGUUGUGGACGAAUUCGCGAACGAGAUCGCCAAGGAGCUCCUUCCAGCUCUAACCGAUCGGGAAUAUCGUGUCCGGGAGUCCGCGUGUCUGGCACUUUCAGAUUUGCUCCGAGGACACGACACUGUUGAGAUGCACAAAAUGAUUCCAGAAUACUUGGAAGCGAUUCUCCGUGUUCGAGAUGAUGUGAAGGAAUCCGUACGAGAAGCCGCCGAUCGAGCCGCUGAUUCAAUUUCCAAGCUCAUUGUUCGUCUUGGAUCUUCGACAAAUUCAGUGAAAGCCAACGAGUUUCUGGCCGUCGCCCUACCUGCUGUCAUUGAUCAAGGGAUUCUGAAAUCAACUGUGAAGGCCAACUCGAGAUUCUGCCUGUCGUUGGUGUUGGAUUUGACGAAGAGUGCCGGGAAGCAGCUGAAGCCGUACAUUGCAGAUUUGAUUCCACUUCUGAUGGAUGCUGUCAGCGAGAAUGAGCAUUCAGUUCUGAAUUAUCUAGCUGCACGAUCGAAUCAACAGCAAAUUGAAGCUCUCGAUGAUGCUCGAGCCAGUAUUGCAAGGACUUCGCCUAUGAUGACAGCUGUGAACGAUCUUCUUCCACAUAUCGACUCUCAAGUUCUGAUAGACAUGACUCCAAAGAUCGCGGAUACCCUCCGAUCUUCCGUCGGAACAUCCACAAGAUCGUCGGCAGCUCAAUUCGUCACGCAACUUGCUCUCCGUGCUCCACAGCUUCUGGUAGAUCACACUCCACAAUGUGAUAAGCUGUUCUCAGCGUUGAUUCCUGGAGUUCGUGAUCGAAAUCCGUCGAUUCGGAAGCAGUUCGCCAAUGCGAUGUCGUACUUGGCGAAGUUCACAUCGCCGAAUCAGAUGAAGAAGUUGAUUAAGACGGUAGUGGCCGAUUUGCUCGGCAGUGAUGAGGAUCUCAAGACAUCCAGUUGCCACGUCAUCAGUAAUCUCGCUGCAAAUUCUCAGGAAAUGCUUAAAGGAUACACAUCACAAAUCGUGCCAUACGUUCUCCUGGAAAAGUGUCGAGAAGUGCCGAAAGAAGAUGAAAUCGCUCGAGAAAAGCAAGAAAAGUGGAAUGAUGUGUGGGCGGAGCUUGUGCCAACUACCAGCUCUGCUGUGCGGCUUUACAAGGAGGAAAUUCUGAAUUUGGCGAUCGAUUUGGUGACGAAUAAUGAAGUUUGGGCGGUACGGAAGCAGGCUGCCGUCAUGAUUCGUGUCACUUUCGAGAAUUUGAAGAAAGAUGCUGGAAUUGAUGUUGCCAAAAAAUCAGCUCUCUCCCUUCGCGAUACGCUCAACGGACGAAUUUGGGAUGGAAAAAUCGAGAUCCUGAGAGCUCUGACAAGUGCAUUCGAGGCUGGAGGCGCAGAUUUCAAGAGAAAUAUGUCCGCCACGGAGAUUGAGGACAUGGAAACAGUGCUGAGAAGAGAGGCGAGCAAAAAGAAUAUGGAAUACGCCGGAGCAGGUCUCGCAACGAUUGCCACGUGGGCAGUGAUCUCGGAAAGCGUCGAAUCGGCCACAUGGUUGGCGAAGAAAAUCGACGAGAAUGUGACGAAGCUGAUCGGAGCCCGAAACGACGCAGAUUCCGACGAUAACAUGGACGGUCUCUCAAAUCUGGAAAAAGAGAUUCGCGCGUCGAAGCUCGUCACCCUCAAUCUGACAGCUCUCGCGAUAUCACUGCCAGCAUUCAACAACGCAGAGGAGGCCGAGAGCACGCUGAGCCAAAUUGCCGGAUAUGUAAAGAGUACUGUAAUCGCGUGGAAAUCGAAGCAAUUCUUUUUCAAUGAACUCGCGAAAUCUCUUGAAAAAUGGACGCCACGGGAGCCAGUGGCCGCUGGGAAGCUGAUUGACAACAUUUUGGAGCAGGCCGACGAGCUGUGUGCUCAACAGAAGAAGACUGUCGCCACUGAUGCUCUCCAAGUUGUGCUUCGAAUCCAAGAAAGAUCCGAUCGAUUCGGCGUCGACUGGAACUCUGUUCUGGAUAGUGUGAAUAGAGGAGUCGCUGGAAGUGAAACCGGGUUGGGAAGCCGUUUCGAGGCGAAGAUGGACACUGAUUAAAUAAUUUAUUUGUAUUCAUUUCGUGCACAUUUUGGUAAACCCAUAUAUGGGAUAUAUAUAUGAAAGAAAGUCAUAAUAACCGUUCAUAUGUUAUUUUUUUAUUGAUUUGUAUUCAACAAUUCAAUAAAACACUAAAAUUCUAAU